AUGACUAUAGCGCAGGGUCGUCGCAUCGCGGCGAGCAAGGCCGCGGAGAACCCGAACAUUCAAGAGAUGCUCGACUCGUGCACGCAUCUUAAAAUUCCCGUGCACGCCGAGCUGGACAAGGCCUACUCACGGGACUUCUUUCAAAGAGGCCGCAUUCGAGUGCAGAUAAAGAAGCCCGAUGGCACGCCACACAACCCCGAUAUCCCCAACAAAAUGGCGCUAAUGCUGAAACUGGGGGAGCUUAUACCGAAGCAUGUUGGGCGGAGCAAGAAAGACAAGGAAAAGGAGGGGGGUGGCGGAGGAGGUGGGGGUGCAGGGGGGUCACAUGGAGCAGGGGGGGGUUCUGAGAAGAAGGGGAAGGGAGGAAAGAAGAGGAGAUGA